GAAGUAUGCUCGUCACGGUGUGACGUUCGCGGCGCUUGUGACUUGCUAAAUGGAGAUAGGAGGUGUUGGGAAAAACAAGCCUCAGUGUUUGAGGAUUUGGAGCUUAAAUAAAACAAAAAACACCGACGAGCAGGAGAACAUCGACAGCAGCCGGCUGGAUAGUACCACAGGAACAAACACACGCCUCAUGAAAUUUCCCUCUUAGAAGAUGAGUCAUCCAGUCAUGCCAACACAAAUGAGGAUGUGCACGGUUUGAGCUUUUGAUCCUGUCUGCUUGAACUCUCCUCUCCUGCCUUUGCAGUGCAGCACUCGGUAGGAUGAUCAGCAACCAAGAAGAAGAUGAGUUUAUUGCCGUGCGGGUCCAAGAUCCCCGCAUUCAGAACGAAGGCUCGUGGAAUUCAUAUGUGGAUUAUAAAAUAUUCCUACAUACCAACAGUAAAGCCUUCACAGCCAAGACGUCAUGCGUGCGUCGGCGUUACAGCGAGUUUGCCUGGCUGAAGAAGAAGCUUCAGAAGAAUUCUGGUCUGGUACCUGUCCCAGACCUUCCAAGGAAGUCCUUCUUCUCCUUCAGCAAUGAGGACUUCCUGGAGGGGAGAAGGAAAGGACUUCAGGCCUUCUUGGACAAAGUGGUGAACAUGACGGUCUGCCUGUCAGACAGCCAGCUCCACCUCUUCCUGCAGACUCAGCUGCCGGUCGGUCACAUCCAGGACUGCGUGCAGGGCCACACCCCCUACACCGUGACGGACGCCAUCCUCACCUACGCCUCGUCCAACCGGGGCUUCGCUCAGGCUCAGGAGGACGACUCCAUCAAGGAGCCAAGUUUGACCAUUUCGUAUGAGUCCAUGGAGAGCCCAGCGCCUCAUCAGCCUUGCCUACAAACUAAAGAGACCUUAAGUAUUGACUCUGACCCCCUAGAAGGUUUACUGGAGGUGUCUGAUAAGGACACAGUUGAGUUGCAUCACAAGGAGAAAUCUUCAUUAAAGGUCCUCCAGAAGAACAACCACCUAGAGGCUGUUUUCGAGGACUGCGGCCCGACAGAGGCAAGCUUUUUUCUUGGCGAGGGCCCGGAUGACCCUGAUCAAACCCAGCAGAGGAGCUAUCUGAUACAGACACCGGUGGAGGUGCACUCACCCAUGGGGGCUGGCUUUGAGGUGAACAGUGGGGUGGAGGAGAGCACUUUGACUUUAGAUGCAGGAGAAAGGACCAUUGUUCAUCCAGACACAGAGGAGAAAGCAGAUCAACGGGAAAGAUCUGAGGGGGCGAUUUUAGAAAACAACUUGAAUUCUGUGGCAAUUUUAGAUUUGAAGGACAGCGACACCGGAUCUCAGGGGGACAUUCUGGAAGACGUCUGCUCUGAGAAGCAGGUUUUAGAAAAUCAUGUCAUCGAAUGCAUCAGUGGCGCUGCAGAUGUCAGCUGUCCGGAGCAAUUCAAGAACUCAGACAAGCAAAAAGAGACUGACAACAAAGAAAGUGUUGAAUCUGAAAUCAGAGAGGUGACACCACUUGAGUCGAAAGACCAGGAAGAGAGUCACAGCAUCCCACAGGUGGAAAGUAGUGACAAUGACCUUCUGGAAGACGUCUGCUCCGGGAAUCAGGUAAUAGAAAAUCACGUCAUCAAACAUGUUGGUGGCAAUGACGGUCAUGUUGAAGAUGUAAGCAGUUUGGAGGAAUAUAAGAACUCGGAUGAGCAAAAAGAGCCAGAUGACCAACAAAAUGUCAAACCGGAGGGCAAAGAGGAGACGCCGCUCGAGUCAGAAAUCAAGCAAGAGACCUGCAGCGUCCCACAGGUGGAAAGGAGUGACGAUGAUAGCGCUCAACAAGAGGACCAAAUGCAAGUUGCACAAAAGGAGGAUUUGGUUGGGACCAAAGACGAGAGCGACGAGGACAGUCGUUCACUGCCAUCUUCCAACGAGAGCAUCGUCAAGGUCAGCGAUGAAGAAAGCAUCUGUGACGAGGCCGAGGACUUCAUCCAGGCUGCGAAUGGCUUCCUGAAGACGUCUCCUGUGGAGGUCACUCUCUGGUCAGAAGUAGAGGCCUCCAACAGAAACAUUUUGGACCUUCACAUGAAUGGAUGUUCUGUGGAAAAGGACAUUUCCACUCAGGAGGACGAGGACCUGCAAUAUGCAACCGAGAUCAGUGAAUUCAGUAAAUCUGUGGACCUUAACUCAACUGUAGCUGCUGGAGAUUUGACUGAAAAUAGUGACUUCAGCAUCAUAGAGACCAGCUGCUCACCUGGAUUAGCUGACAGUAAAUUUACGGAGCCGGAGGUCCUGUCCUCGCCGACGUUGGAGGCAUCAGAGGAAACUCGGGAGCUGGAGGCAUGUUAGUUUCACAGCUAAAUGACACCUACACUUUGUGAUCACACGCACAUAAACAGAGUACAUACUGCGAGUAGUGUUGUUUUACAAAAUAUCUGCUCAUUAUACCCUGGUCUCUGGACCAAGUACGGAGGCAUGUUAGGGCUGCAACACAGAGUAACUGAUUAGUUGUUUGGUCUCUAAAUUGUCAGAAAAUGGUAAAAUGUCACUGAAUUCAUGUCCUCAAAUAUUUUAUUGUCCACAACCCAAGAGAUUAUUAUUAUUAUUAUUAUUUUAAUAUUCACAUUUAAGAAGUUAGAAUCAAAUCAUUUUAAUUUCUUAAACAAAUUACUCACACUGAUGAAUCGAUUAUCAAAAUAGUCGACAACUAAUCGAUUAUUCGUUGCAGCUCUAAAAGCAUUUUAUGUGUUAAACAGACCAUUUAAUUCAAACUUUGUGCAGUCACUCAUGUUGUAAUUCUAACUUUUAACAAAACAGUUUAUAUUUAAUUUUAAAACUCAUUAAUUUACACUCAGGUACACUAAACAUCGGCACUGUUUUCCCUCUCUGGCUGUGGGUGAUGAUUUGCUUUUGGGAACAGCAGAUGGUGCUCAUGCUCACAAAAGGAAACAUUCUCUAUAGGGUUAAUUUAUCCACAUGUACAAAGAACUAAAGGUUUUAUUGUUGUGUAGACAUUUAUGGUACUUCUUUUACUGCAUACUGCUGUUUUUCUACUGCUUUAUUUUCCUCUGAAAACAGCUUGUUUAUUCAGUUAUGGAAAAACAAACAUUUCUAAGUUUGUAGUAUUACCUCAUUAAUAUUGUAACUAUUCAAAAUUCUGAUUUUGAAUUUCUUCUCCAAAACUAUAUAGUGCUCCUUUUUACAGAAUAUACAUUGUUUAUUCAUGUUCACAUUCACUUUAAAAGAGUUUUUGGUCACUGACAUUGUUCCUACUGUCUGAACCGACAGUCAAGAGAAAAACAAUGUAAAUCCACAGCUCUCAUUCCAACCAAAAUAGUUUGAGUAUUUCACAUUGUGUGGCAGCAAAGGAACAAGGGGUAGGAUAAAAAAUAGAUUUUCCAAUUCAAAUCAAUCUUUAUUUGAAUGACCUGAUAUUAAUUUAAAAAAAAAAAAAUAGGUAAACUGAGAUCAGUCUUUCAAUACAUUCCCUUUCCUGUGGAUGUUUGGUGAGUAAAUAUCUACAGGCUAUAAUGUUUGUAUCAGAACAAUCAUGUGAUCAGAAACUACGCCGGGUCUCUACUGUGUUUUGGUGUCUUUUACGGACACACUGCUUCUGACCUCUGCUGACCGAGUACUGAAUGAGACCAGCACAGGGACGUAAUAUAUUCAGAUGCACAUCAGAAAUCUGUACUCGAAUGGCUAAGAAGGGUUUUUAAAACAGGAAAGUUUCUUUUUUUUUCUCAUCUCUUCUUCUCCUUUGUAGUUUUGUGCUUUAACGUUUCAUUAUAAAGUAAAUGUUGAUUGCACAGAUGUAAUGGUUGUAGAAUAAUGAAACCAUCCGCGUUUAGAUUAGUUCCCUAUAAGCCUCGCUUUCACUAUACAAUUUGCACUAGGCACGAAAUCUCCCGGGAAAAGGGAGGUUAAUCAGGUCGGCAGUCUGGCACCAUUUCUAUCUGCGUUCACAACUCUUUUAUAGACCGAAAAGAAAUUGUGUUCUGUCCUGUAUUGAUAUCCGCGACGCUGGAGGAUGGGGAGGUCGUCUGAUGCUACUUUACAAAAUACAAAAUCUUCAAAACAUUCAAUUAAUUUCUCUAAAGGCAGAUUUGAACACAAAUCUCCUGAACCAUUUAAUUAAAUUCUUAUGAAAACAAUAUUUAGAAAAAUGCGAGAGAAGUCCUGUGACAGUACUCGGCUCUCAAAGGGACAGUAAGAAAAAAAGAGGGAAUUACAUUUAAAAAAGACUAACUUUGACAGAUAUCCAUUUAAUUUGUCUGCUGUGGUUAAAGUUUUAGAGCCGUGGAUUUUCUUACACUGAAAUCUCUGUACAGUGUCGACGGAACCAAAAACUGUUUCAGCGUACAUGUGGACAUUGUUUUAAACUCGCUGGAGAAUCCCACGCUGCUGUUCCUGCUCUCACUUACAGCCUCGCUCAAUGUGAAACCCGUAAAAACUACUUCAUCAUGUAUCCCUGUGAAUCUUGAUAUUUAUUAUCACAGAGGGACAAGAACAGAUAUUUUGGCCCGACAAAGUACAGAUGAAUAUUUGGCCUGUAAAUGAAAUCAGAACGGUAAAUUAUUAAUGUUGGAACCCCUGUAAAUUUGUGAAUUUGGGUAAUUUCUGCAUCACGUUCUGCUCUUUUAUUGAUCAAAAAGGAAACUGAUGAUUCACAGGUUGAUGUCAACAUCAUGUUUAUAUACACUAAGCUUUAACACUGUUUCAUGUGUUAGGCUUUUUUUUUUUUAACAGGUUAUUUAUUUCAUGUUUGGAGCUUUAUUACUUCUAGAACAAAAAAAAAAAAAGCCUUCUCUUUUCUCACCACGGCUGGUGAAGGUGAGCUGAGGUUAUUUUUGUUAAACCACAGCCGUAACAUCAGUUAGUCUGAGACUUGUUUAAACUGGCUGCAUUUUGACCUCCACAUUUUGUUCCACACACUACUGAUGCUGCUUGUUGUUUUAAUGUCUUGGUUUUUUUUUCUUUUUAAAAAGGGACCCAGAGUUUAUUGUGCCAUUGCACGUAGAAAUGAGCCAUGUUGAUCAUCCCGUGUCACAGAUAUGGGAUCUAGUAGGUGGAUAGUAGAGUUCUGGGUUUGCUUUCUUUGUACACUGUAAACGACUAGUUUCAUUUUGUUGCUUUCAAAAAGUUUUUUAAAAUAAUGUUUAUUAGAGGCGAAGCCCCCGCUUUCUAAGGAGACAGAUUUUAUAACGUGGAUCUACAAGGGCAAUGAUAACAACCUGAGUGACUGUGUCCAUGUAAUCUAAUUUUAUUUCAAAUAAAUGUUUUUUCCUCUGUA